AACUUUUCAUCAAUCUGACUUCUGGAGGUUUUCACUCCACUGGAGCUAGAACGACGUUCUUCUUCAAAAUUGAGCUCACACACUUUAAUCUUAGUAUAUGCACUUCGCAAGGGUUGCAGUUAGAACCUUAAUAAUUCCUACAGUUCACCGCGCGAGGUGCACUGACGACACAACACCGCUAUGGACAUACGACUAUAAACAAUCAGGAAGCACGAACGCGGAAACGCAUAUCACAGAGAGAGAGAGAGAGAGAGAGAGAGAGAGAGAGAGAGAGAGUCACUUUAUCACACGAUUCACACCAUCCAGUCUCCUAACGGACGCUGGCUCGGAAAGGAAGUGUCUUCAUACGCGCACCAAGAUAGUCCGAUCAAUCAGAAUUAACUUAUUUGAAUCAACUAUGAUUGCAAAGUUGAACAGCGUGAGACUAACUUUAGUCCUAGACGUAAUGUUGGUGAUUGCAGUGCGCCAAGCCUACGGUGAAACGGGUAAGAAAUUGUCCGAAGGGACGUGUCCUUCCGCCAACGCAGUAAUUGAGGAGACGACAUUCGUCAGCGGCAUCAAACUGGACUUGUACCUUUCAAAUAAACAUCCUUCGAUGUUCGAACUCUCGUUCACAGGAGGCGAGUUUCGUGGGCAAGGCUUUUGUUUUACAUGGGACACGGGCAGACAGAAAUACAGAAUCGAGACGCCCAGCGGUUCCCAAAUGAAGGACUUCGGCAGAGCCGGGACGAAGACGCUGAGGAUCAGAGUCAGCGAGAGGACCAACAGGAUCAUCCUGGUGGACGAAACGAACUUGGAGACCCUGCGCGUUAGUCUCAAAAAGGCUCGGCGUGACGUUUGUUAUUCAGUGACACUGCGCGCCGAGAAAGACAUUCCACAUAUGUUUACGUAUGCUGAAGAGGGGCAAUAUUGUGAGAUGCCUGGUCCCACAACAACUGCCACUACAUUGCAACCAAGUCCACCACCAACAAAAAAAACUACAACAACAUCAUCCACACCCCCACCAUCAUCAACAGCUCCCCCACCACCACCAUCGUCACCAACAUCACCACCACCAAUAACAACAGAGCUCCAUGAAGAUACUGCAUCGCCAUCACCUGUAACACCAGCUGACAAGGAGAACCACCACCAAGAUGACGGUGCCCUUUCAAGGACAGAAAGAAGAGAUAUCCCACCACUUCCUCUUGCAUCAACAGCAGCCAGCCACAGGAGUGGAUGCAGUGCCCUAGCCCUUCUGUUCUUGGCACUCUACCUACCAACGGGCAUAAUUAAUUUGUUCUAAUAUGACAAAAUUUCUAAGACAAUUUGUAUUUUUCAUAGCUACAAACCUUCGGUCUUAACAAUAGGAUAAUUUCUAGCGCCCGCAGAUGAAAGCAAGGAAUCUUGUGAGAUCUGGCAACGCGUAUACACGGGCACCUAUAGAGUAGUUGGCCGUGGCGUAUAUCAGGUGAAGAGUGGUCAAGAACCAUGCAUCUACGCCACCAAGUCAGUCUUUUCUUAACCGCCUGGGCGACAGUUAUGGUUGACCUCUCUCGGCCUUUACCAUUGCCCGCUUCGAGUGUGUGUGUGUGCUGUUAUUAUGGCUUCUUUUGCUCCCUCUCGGCCUCGUCAACUGUGUGCCCCAGAACUCAUGGUUUUCAGUGUUCUCAUUUUUUGGCUUCGGCUGCGACCGACCCCCACAUAACUUGUAAAAUUAUGCUCAAAUCAUAAUUUGUACACACAUAUAU